AUGGCUGAACAGGAGAUGGACUACAGGGUCGAUCUUUUCAACAGGAUGGUGUCUACCUGCUUCGAGAAGUGCAUGGACAAGAGGUACAAGGAGGGUGAUCUGAAUGUGGGGGAAAACAGCUGCGUGGACAGAUGCGCGUCAAAGUACUGGCAGGUCACAGGAAUAGUGGGUCAGCUUUUGGGUGGCGGACAG